CCGGAAAAGACCAGUAAAGCCCACCACGCUGCUCCCCGGGGCCAGCGGAACGGAGAGACCGACGUGUGAUUCCUCUUUGUACUCAACCAGAAGAGUUGGGUCCGGCUCUGCUUCCGCUGCCUUCUCCUUUUUUAACAGGGAGCCUGACUGCUGGAAAUAGCCCGAUAAGCCGGUUACUCGUCCUCUUUAACCGCAGCAGUCGGUCUGUCUUUGUGGAAGCGGACAUCCCAUGUCAGUGUCCCUUUGAGCCAUUUUGGACAACAAAAGGUCCAGCGACCGUUAUUUUCUUUUCUUUUUUUUUUCUUACCGGGGGGGAUUUCAAGUCACACACAGCUAUUUAUUUGUGGAACAACAGUCCCAUUUUUUUUACACUUCCACACCUCCAGAUAGGAGGGGGGUCCAUUUUCCUUUUUUUUUUUUUUUUUUUUUUUUUUUUUUUUUUAAAAGAGAAAAAUCAUCCCCUAACCGAGCGACAAUGGCAGCUGUAACGAGCCCGGAGACGAGCCCUCAACCGCGGGUAUAUUUCCAGACGCCGGCCGGCACCACGGAGGAACCGGAGACUCCCGUUAGGAAGCAGGGACGGGUUACCGUCAAAUACGACCGAAAGGAGCUGAGGAAGAGGCUGAACCUGGAGGAGUGGAUCAUCGACCAGCUAACGGACCUCUACGACUGCGAGGAGGAAGCCAUCCCAGAGCUGGAGAUCGACGUGGAUGAACUGCUGGACAUGCCCAGUGACGUUGAGCGAGCAGCCAGGGUCAAGGACUUGCUGGUUGACUGUUUUAAACCCACUGAGGAUUUCAUCUCAGAGCUGCUUGACAAGAUCAGAGGAAUGCAGAAGCUCUCUACGCCUCAGAAGAAAUGAUGGCGUCCAAACUUUCCCCACGUUUUCCCCUCCGUCUCGUCUUCCUUCCACGACCCUCGUUUUUUAUUUAAGGUCUUCUUCCGCCUCCGUUGAAGGUCAUAAAAUGUCAGAAUUGCUUCUGAUCGUAGUUGUCUCGGUCUUUGUUUUUUGCGUGUACCGUGAUGGAUCUGGACUUCUUUCAUCAGCAGAAAUGAGCAACUCGCCUUGCGGCUCAUCUCUCCUCUCCCCUAUUGUCUCCUGUCCUGCCGUUACUCUACUCUUCUCUUCCUAAUCUUCCUCCUCUUCCUCCCACCUUCCCAUCUGUCUGAGGAGGAGCAGAGUCCCAUAAUUACUGUAAAAGCGGGGAAGAACAUGUAAAAUACGAAACGGAGUGAAAACUGCGGAUGAAACAUGGGCAAAUUCUUCAGCCUCCACCAGCGAGAUUAUGUGAAUAUUUUAACUUGUUUGAGAUUUUUUCCCUCUCCUGGUUCUGUUUGAGGGAGAUCAUCACUUCACUUAAUCUUUUUUAAUAAUAAUAUUUUUGGGGUUCUGUUUCUGCCGCCUAAGCACAGGCAGUGCUGCAAAAAGACUUUUUUGGUGUCUCCUAAAGGGCAUAUACCAUCAUGUUAGCAACUUCAUCUGUGUCCAGACUCACAGCUCAGAAUACUUGGAUUCAUUUCAUGACUAAAAUUGAGAAAUAUGUAAAAAAAAAAAAAAAAAAAAAAAAAAAAAAAAAAAAAAAAGUGACAGGAAGAGGAAAUGUAAAGCAGCUUAAAGUUGCUGAAGAGAGUAAAAUUUGGGUUCAUAAAGCGAGAAUUUAUAUG